AUGGACCGUGGUGCCCGACAAAAGGCACAAGCUGCGAAGAUGAAGGAGAAGCUGGCACAGCUGACCAAGAACCGACGGCACAAACAGAUGCGAGCUCAAAACGAUUGGGUAGCUAAACAGCCCCCAAAUUCCCACACGGAACGUUCGAACAUCCGAAUCAACGCCCCCGAUGCUUCAAGCGGCAUACUCAUGGACCAUGAGUCCAGCUCUCCUACACAGACCUUUGGUGACACGUCCCAGGACGACUUUGCAAGCGGUCGGCUUGCGGAUGCUCUUCAAGAAGAUGAUCAAAGUACAAUGAUCGCAGAAGCUCUUACUUCAUCGGAUGAUUCGGAAUCCCAAAGAAUUUUCGAUGAUAUGACGUUUUUAUCUGGAUAUCCUGUUACUCUUGCUCCCUCGGGGAACCACGAUUUCCAGACAAGUCUCGAGGACAUGGAUUUUCUUUCUGAGCAGCACUUUGACAUACCGGAACUCGAGUCCAUCCUGACGGCCAACCUACAUAUGACACAAGGUACGGCUGGGAUGAGCGUUGCAGAUGACAUUUGCGGCGCCUACCUAUCGCCGCCCGAGAGUCAAAUCAGCACAGCUCACCCAUCGCACGGGACUUCUACAUUCACGCUUCCCAUCGCCGACAUGGAGGACGCGAUGUUACUAGCUUAUUGUAUAGAAAAGAUCUUCAAUUGGCAAUUCCCAUUCUGUUCGACACCUCAGAGCGGUUUUAGCCAAGGGUACUUCCUAUGGCUCAUGUCCAAGUCACGACCCUUGUAUCUAGCAUCUCUCGCAUUGAGUAGCUCGCACAGGAGCCAUAAAAGAGGGAUAGAAGAGCCUCGCUCAAAACCACGGUACGAAGACCACGAUGGAAGAUACAAUGUAGCAACGGAAGAGUUCCAUCGCAAUCUGCGAACGCCCAAAGCUGCCGAUGACGUAUCGAUGCUGGCUUGCACGGUUUUACUCAUAUCCUCUAGCCUUCUCCACAGCGGCAAAGUCGACUGGACUUCUCACCUGAGAACAGGCACAUCGCUGAUCGCCCCUUGGAUCGCCCAGACACGGAACAACACAAACCCGGAGUCUCCCAGAUCCCCCGAGGAGUUGUCAAGAGAUUUUUUCAUAAGUUCAAUAAUACGCAUCGACAUUUUGUCGGCAAUCAACCAAGAUAGUGCUCCAGGACUUUCCCACAACUACAAGCAAUGGUUCACAUCCACUCGCCAGCAAUUCUCGCUCGAAACCGUUUGCGGCUGCAGCAACUGGAUCUUCGAGGUGCUUCUCGAUGUUUACUUACUGCGAGACUGGAAGAAGAAAACAAGGGCCGCAGGCCUGCUCAGCUUGUGGGAGUUGACUUCCAAAGCAAACACGAUCCAGGUAGAUCUUGAGAAGAAGAUGGCCAGUAACAUGAUACUCUUGGGAAAAAGUAAAGAAGACUUUGAGCAGCAGCGACAGCAGGACAAAGACAGGCCCCUUCAGUCUGGUGCACAGAGCCAAUACGAUAUAUGCGUUGUUAACCAUACCUUUGCCUGCGCUGUGUCUGUUCUUCUAGAAGUCAUUGUGUCGGGUGCACAUCCGCGACUACCAGAGGUUAAACAGAAAGCCGGGCGCGCUCUCGACGCCCUGACCGACAUAAAAGACGACCCCAGGCUGCUCGAGUUACUAGCCUGGCCGCUGUUCGUCGUGGGGUGCGUCGUCGAGGAGGAGCGGCACGACUUCUUCCGCCAGCUGCUUUCCUGCCAGCUGAGAAACUCGGUUAGCCUCAGUGGUCUACUCGAUUUACUAGAGGGAUGCUGGAAAUCAAGAGCGUCUGGAGAGGUAAAAGACGAAGAUUUCGAUUACUCGCAUUUACGGAUUUACAAGUCGCGAAAUGUUCUUAUCUUGUGA